GGUCACCCCCCUGACCCCCAGGUCUCUCAGCAGCUGCAGGCAGAAGAGAAACGGGAGCCGCUGAAAAGCAAGAACAAAGGCCCUGGCGGGGACAAGGGGGCCAGGAAGAAGAAGCCGCAGGGCAGCCGGGUCCGAGAGGCGGCGCCAGAGAAAGCAGCAGCUGUUUGCCCCAGGGUCCCGGUGACCCCCGUCCUGCAGAGAGGGGGGCCGCCCGGGGGGGCCCAGGCGCUGCUCUGCGUGCCCGAGGCGCUGGCCGAGGAGCUGAGCCAGGCGCUGGUCAGUCUGGGUAUGGCCCUGGAGCAGGACUAUGCCUGGGACAUCUUCACCAGCAUGAUGAGAAAACAAUCCAGCUACGUCUUCCGGAGCUGGGAGGUGCCGCGCGCCCUGACGGCCGAGAUGCGGGCGCUGAUCGUCGACUGGCUCGUACAGGUGCACGAGUACCUGGGCCUGGCGGACGAGACGCUGUACCUGGCCGUGUACUUGAUGAACGCCUACAUGAAGGUGGCGCGAGUGAGGGUCCCGGCCCUGCAGCUGCUGGGCGUCACCUGCCUCUUCCUGGCCUGCAAAGUGGAGGAGUGCACCGUCCCCGAGCCGGCCGAGCUGUGUUUCAUGACCGAGGACUCGUUCAGCCGCCGGGAGCUGCUGCACAUGGAGCGCAAGGUGCUGUCCCGCCUCAACUUCCAGCUGCACUACACCAGCCCCCUGCACCUGCUGCGGCUGCUGGGCGCCCUGGGCCGCUGGGCCCCGGAGGUCCAUCACCUGGCCAUGUACUUCCUGGAGCUGUGUCUGAUGGAGGCAGACUGUGCGGCGUUCGAGCCGGCCCAGCUGGCCGCGGCUGCCCUGGGCCUGGCGCAGCGGGUGCAGCAGGAGGCGGGUGCCGGGGGCUCGGGCGCCAGACCGGAGGGCUCCACGCAGCUCUGCCUGUACAGCGAAGAGGCGCUAGGUGCUGUACAUCGCCCCAUGGCCAGGGCUGCGCUCCGGGCCAGCGGCUCCACCCUCCAGGCUGUUUUCCUGAAAUACUCACGGCCCCAGAAGCUGGGGGCCAGCACCAGUCCGGCCAUCGCCAGCUCUGACUACCUCGCCCACUGCCGGAGCCCGGCGCCCUGAGCCCGGCAGGAACGGGCCUGGGCAUCUCCACGGCAGCCCUGCUCGGGGGGGCGCUGUGUGUCCCCCCCACCUGUGAGUGGCGAUUGCCCCCUCCCUAGGGAAGGGAACCGGGCAGGCCAGGGGCCGUCGCACAGCUGGGGAGCAGAUCGAUAGGGAUGGGGAAAGGGGGGCGCAGAGGGAUGGGGAUUUUCUCUAAGCCUGUUGCUGCCCCUGGGUGCAGAGGGCUGGGCCAUGGGCCUGCGGCAUCCCUGAAGGGCUGGGAUUGGGGGUGGGGGAGACUCUCGGCCCCCCCCGCACAGGCCUUAAAAAAAAAAAA